AUGGGCACUUUGCUCUGUGACAAACUGGAUUUGGCUAAGAGUAACAGCACAGAUUCUGACAGAGAGGAGUUUGUAUCCGAGACGAUAACACUGUGGUCUGGUUUCCGUGGAGAUGGCCUGGGGUCUGGUUUCCAUGACAUUAAGGGGUCUGGUGUCGGUGGUGAUUCUGCUGUGGACUGUCACAUCCACAGAUGGGGGAGGUGAGUAACAACCAUCAUCAGUCUGUCUUAGUUCAUCUGUCUUUACCUUCUGUCUGUCUCAAAAUAUUACAUUCCAAAAUAACUCCUACGUAGUCCAAGUCCCUAGGCACACCUUUGGCUCUAGUGUAACAUGAGCAUUAAAUAGGUGUAAGCAAUGUGGUGAAAACUCUACCUAGCUAGAUUACCAUAGCAGACUCAAUAUCAUAGGAAAAUGACCAUAUAGCUGUAAAACAAGCUUCACUGAAACAUGAAUUACCAUAGAUCAUAAACAUGUUGGUCAUUACAGAAGACUGCCAAAUUGAUUCAAGAGCAGACUUUUCCUGUUGUGUGUAGUGAUCUGUGGCCACUUCCACUCUAAGGCCAAGUGUUAUACACUGAUUAUACCAAUUUGGCCAGUAAACCCCCGUUUCGCCAUCAGAACAGCCUCAAUUCGUCGGGGCAUGGACUCUACAAGGUGUCGAAAGCAUUCCAAAGGGAUGCUGGCCAAUGUAGACUCCACUGCUUCCCACAGUUGUGUCAAGUUGGCUGACUGUCCUUUGGGUGGUGGACCAUUCUUGAUACUGGAAACUGUUGAGCAUGAAAAACCCAGCCACGUUGCAGUUCUUGACACAAACCGCUGCGCCUGGCACUUACUACCAUACCUUGUUCAAAGGCACUUAAAUAUUUUGUCUUGCCCAUUCACCCUCUGGAAGUGAUGAAGUCAUCUACUGGCUGAAACCAGAAGACAAGGACCUGAAUGUCCACUCCUACUACUACAGUACAGAUCAGCUCAAACAGCAGAGCCAGCGUUACAGAGGGAGAACAGCCCUGUUCAAUGACCAGAUCCCCAAAGGAAACGCUUCACUACUGCUGAGAGGACUCACACUCCAGGACCAGGGCAGAUACAAGUGUUACACCAGCACUAUUAAAGGCCACAAGGAGUCCUUCAUUAACAUGGCAGUGGAGGGUACGGAAUGUCUGUCUGUCUGUCUGUCUGUCUGUGAUGAUCACUUUAUGGCUGCUCCAUGUGUAAUGUCUACUUUGUUGCAGCUCCAGUCCGCUUGGUGGACAUACAGUUAUCAGAUGACAUCAUCACCUGCAAUUCUAUAGGUAUCUACCCUGAGCCUAAACUCACCUGGUCCACUGACCCCCCCUCUGACCUUUCAUUUGACCCUGGAACCAUCCAGAACUCCACCAGCACCAAGGUGGAUGACCGGGGCCUCUAUGACAUCACCAGCACAAAACAGUUUAUCAGAAACCGAACCAACAUCUGUACCGUGACCUCUGGGACAGUAGAAAGGACAGCAACCCUGAAACAGCAAGGUAAUCAAUUGAUCAACCUGUUAAUCAAACAAUUUAUAAAUCAAUGAAUAAAUUCAUCAAUCAAUGUUUUUGGCUAUAAACUCUACAAAAACAAGGCAACAUUGUGAGACAGAAUAUGCAACGAUCAAUCAAAAAAGGCACUUUCUCAUGACAUAAUUUCAGAUCCGGUCCAGGGUUCUCCAAGCAGUGAAGUGUCCAUCCCCUGCAGUGUCUCUCAGUCUGACCUCAAGACCUUUAACCUCACCUGGAGGUUCAACCAGAUAGACACCAUCCUCAAUUCUACCUACACCAAGGGUACAUCUCAGAUGUAUAUUGAUGACCAGUGGAAGGAGCAGGUUCAGAAUUUGUCUGACUCUGGCAGCCUUCAGCUCCACAAGCUAACCAUGGUCUACCAGGGAAUCUACAGCUGUGAACUAUCUACUGCCAGAGACUCACACCUGGUCCUCACCUACCUGGAGAUCACACCUGAUAAACCAUCUGAUGGUACAAAGUUUACUUUGACUAUUUACCCUCACUGUAAGUCACACGAUCACAUUCAACAAUAAAACUGCAACUCUGUAUUUUCUCCUUCAGUUUCAGAUGGACUGGGUCGACAUGCAAUUGGUGAUAUAAAACAAGCAGAAGUGAUUAUAGCAGCAGUGAUUAUAGCAGCAGUGAUUAUAGCAGCAGUGAUUAUAGCAGCAGUGAUAUGUUACCGACAGAGAGGUAAAUUAUUAUGAUGAUGACAUCAUAAUCUGUUGAAACAUUUAACACAACCACCUCCUGAUGGACAGAGAGGAGGGUUACAUUGGUGGCUUUUGAUGAACAGCUUUCAGUUUCUGCUAUUUUGCUGUCUCCCAUGUCAUAGUUUUCUGCCCCCAAUGCCGAAGUUCUGCCCCCAGUGCCGCAGGUAGACGUCCAUGGAAUAUUCAUGUCUUUCUGGUUACAUGCAUUUACUCAUACUAGCUGUUUGUGUGUCUGGAUCCUGCUAACUCACCCUAAACUCACCUAUCCCUCUCCAGCAAAUACAAAUGGUCAAAAUGAAAAGGAUCAGAGUGGAAUACCACUUCAGAAUGGAGAAGAAAGAGAGGAAGCCAUAGAAAGACAAGAACAAGAACAAGGUCAAGGAGAAGAGGGGUCAGCCACAUCAACCAUA